AUGGCGUCUGGGCCUGCCACUCAAUCAUUGAAGUGCGUUGUGACUGGUGACGGUGCUGUCGGGAAGACAUGUCUCCUGAUCUCAUACACGACCAAUGCUUUCCCAGGAGAGUACAUUCCAACAGUGUUCGACAACUACUCCGCUAGUGUCAUGGUCGAUGGCCGACCUAUCAGCCUUGGACUCUGGGAUACUGCCGGUCAAGAAGAUUACGACCGUCUACGACCACUCUCCUACCCUCAAACAGACGUCUUCCUGAUCUGCUUCUCCAUCGUCAGUCCACCUUCCUUCGACAACGUGAAGGCGAAAUGGUACCCCGAAAUCGAGCACCACGCCCCGGGCGUCCCCAUCAUCCUGGUCGGCACAAAGCUGGAUCUGCGAGAGGACAGAGCUACUGCGGAUGGUCUGCGGGCGAAGAAGAUGGAGCCCGUCUCGUAUGAGCAAGCUCUCACUGUGGCCAAGGAGAUUAGAGCGCACAAAUACUUGGAGUGUUCGGCGUUGACGCAGAGGAAUUUGAAGAGUGUGUUUGACGAGGCUAUUCGUGCCGUUCUCAAUCCCCGUCCUCAACCUAAGAACAAGGCAAAGAGAUGUGUCAUUAUGUAA